AUGGUAGCCAUCAAGAUGCCUGAUGAGCCUGCCGAGCUGGAUAACGUGUCCAUGUAUGGCUUUGGCGCGAUACCCAAUCUGGAGGCGUCGUUGACUACAGAUGAGCCUCUCAAACGCCGCCUUCGACCCAGACGGGAGAAGGCUGAUGCCGCAUCCCAGCCAGAUCUUGUCCUUGUCAACGUUAGGCACCGGACCAGCAACAGCGCCGCUCUGGGAUCAUCGUCAGGCCACAAACCCAGAACACGUAAAAAGCCUAACCGCAUCAACAAGAAUACGGCGGCCAAGGCCAGGCCUGGCUCCAAGAAUUUACCCAUCGAAAUACUGGAUAGCGACAAGAAGGCUGCCAGUUCCGAUAAAUAA